AUGUAUGAAGUUUCAAAUAGUACAUGGGAUUAUUGCGUGAUCAUACCUUCAUCGUCGGUUCGUCAAGAACAAGGAAGACUCUUUGGUGUUGGCCCAGACGCUGACUGGACCAAAGCAUAUGACAAUGCAUUUGGUAUAUCAGACAAUGUGUAUAAAAUCUUGACACUAUGUCUACUAGAAAAAUAUAAUUUUGGCUUUAUGACACCGAAUGAGCACGAUAGAGUCGAUACACCUGAAUAUAUGUUUCGAUGCGUAUGCAAUUACGAUCUUUGCAACAGCGCAACGAAUUUCUCAAAAUAUCUCAGCAAUAUAAUGGAUGAAAACUACGUUACUUUGUCAUCCAGAUAA